UACAAAUCAAAUACACAUUUAUUGAUAAAAUGUAUUUCUUAGAGUAAUACUAUCAAUGUCAGGGUUACCUAAAGCGUCGACAAAUAUAAUUUUAUAUAAAAAAAAAACAACACGGGACUCAUCACUCGCGUGCAGGCAAUACAUAAACACUAAUAAAAACAAUAGUCAAGAGCAUAAUAAGAAUUGAAAUCAAGAAAUUUUAAAGUAAUCAGUACCUAAUAUAAGUUUUAUUGAGUAUCGAUUAACCAAAUCUGGUUAAGAGUCAUACCACCCUAGUUAAUUAGAUAGAAAGAAAUAAUAAUUAUAGCUAAUUGCAAUCAAGUUAUAUUGGUCUGGCAACCACAAUAAUCAAGUACGGAACAUUAAAACUACAAACUAAAUAUUUACACUUGCAUCAAUGUGAUAUAUAGUCUCAAUUAUAAUAUAGUCAAGAGUCUAAACAUAAGCAGGGAAAACAGCUCUAAAGCCGAUUGUAAUAAGUAAUAUACACAAAUUAAGAAAGACAUGACAAAAACAUUAUAAAGAUGUAAAUAUAACGCGCAACUUCUCAUAAAACGUUCAACAUUUUAUGAGAAAUAAACUCCCAAAUACUCAAACGGGACUCCUUUUUAGCGCCAUUUUGGUUGAGUUUCAUUUGAUUAGUUGGGAGUGUGACAAGUCCGUCCAUACACAAGUCUACGCACAUUACGGAUAUUAAAUAGUAUUAACAAUAAGCGAUAAGGCUGCAUUUGAUCGCCGGCAUGCUAUAGACUUAGACCCAAGAUCAUGCAUGACUCACACACAUACAUUUAACCAUACAUACUCAACGCGAUAAUCUCCAUACAUUUAACAUUUCACUCAUACAAAACUAGACUAGCAUAUGUUUAAGUAUAAAUAUCUUACAGUCCAGUACAAUUCGUGGGAGAUAUACCGAGUUUGAUAAUUCUUCAUUUAUCUCCGAAACGUUGUAAUUGGCAGUUUCAAAGCCUGAUAGUCUAAAUCUAUAGCAAUUCAGACAUUCAUAUGGUUUCAUAGUACCUUAACGCGUCUUUAUUUCCUUAAAGGGGAUGUAUAACAUAUAGAUUUCCACUAGUUUGCUUGUCUAAACCUUCUAGCCCUAACCAACUCAAAUACAUCUGCGAUUCUUAUUGUUCACGGCCUAAAGUUGGAGGAUCCUGUUUAGCAGGAUACGACUAAGGCUUAAAAUUAGGCAUCAACUUAACACCCUUUUAAUGGAUAUUCAAAUAUAUUCAAAAUCUUGUUUUGCUUUGAUGCUUGGAACUAUAUAACUGGUGAAAUGGCACAAGAAAUGUAGUUGAAAAACCUUAACUUAACCCAGACUACAAUCUACAAUUUCAAGAGGCCAGAAUAUACCAUUGGCAGGUUAGGGAUGAGAAGAGGUCUCAUGUUUCAUUGACAUUCAUUAACAUUUUAGAUUUUUUUUCUAUAAUUUGUUCAUAUUGUCGUUCAUAUGAAACCAAAUGUCUACCGGCUAACUCAGUACUUAUUCAUAGCCUACAUGCCUACUACUUAAUUAAUCUAUACAAUGAGGUUCCCGCAUUUGUACACGUAUAUAACAUUACUGAGUAAUUAUAGGCAAUCAACAUAUUGCUGCAGUCUUACAUGACAAUGACAAUCAUUAAAUACUCAUUAUUCAUAGACUAUUUUGUAAUGGUUUUCCAAUCAUUGUUUAGUUUUACAGAUUAUAAAAUGUUUUGGGAAAUUGGCGGGAAAUUUUGACAUUUACAACUUAACGUCAAAAAUUAUGUCUGUUUCAGACCAAGACUAAGGUUUUACGCGAAAAUUACUUUACGUUGGUUUUUUUACUUGCAUGCAGAUCGUCAUAGUUAAAAGAAGUAGUUUAAACUAGGAGUAUCACAAUUGUCAUCCCACCGCUUGUACUCUCGCUAACCAAGCCAAAUGUAGGCGGGUGGUAUAAAUGAGUUUUUAUAUUUAUUAAAAAAAAAGUUAAAUUUAAUUAUCUCUCUAAAUCUAUCUAAGAGCAGUUAACGUUAAAUUUUUAUUUAUAUUUCUCAUUAUUCAACUCGUUAUUAAAAAAUAUAAUCUGCAAAACUAAAAUUUAUGUAACAUGCAUUUUUUCAAUACUAUUAUUCUUUUCAAUUUUUUUAUAAUAAUCGUAUUUGAUAUAUCAUAUAUGUUUAAUAAAGCGUUCUAUAGUAACGAUAUAAUAUUAUUAUGUAUAACUCUCAUUUGAAGACCUUGGUAAGGUCACUUAUAUAUAUACUCAAAAUCUACUUUUAAACAAGUGAUCGACAUCUAUUGGAAAAACAUAGACAAAAUUCUAAUAAUAGGUCAGAAAAGAGGCGUAAACAAAUUUGUUAAAAAGAAGGUAUUACUGCAGAAUAAAAAUGAUAGAUAUUUGUGAUUGGUUCAGCCUUUAAGCCUUUACGUAUUUAGUGAAUGAAUAACAGUGUAAACUUGUUUCUUUGUUUAAUUAACUGUAGCAAUUACAUGUAGUUUAGUGGUUUAUUGACAACUUUUCUUGGCUAUUAAUAAUAGUAAGACUUACACACGGUUAAGAAUAGAAAAUGCGUGAACCUAAGUCUGUUGUAGCACAAUUUUGUCGAGGAAACAAAUGAACAGACGGAUCACCUGAUGGUGAGCGAUCAUCGCCGAUAAUGAAGUCAAGGUCAGAGGAGCGCGAUUGUGAUGGUGUCCGUCUAACGCAGUUUCAAGACUUACAGCUGAAAAAUGCUGCGAUUUUGUGAGAUAUCGAGCACAUUGUUUAAGUAUUACUACAAAUUACGUACAAGGUGGCACCGAAAGAGAAUGUUUAGCUUACAAAAACAAAUCGUUCAUAUAAUAUUCAUUUGUAAACGCCUUUCUUCAUCUGGAUACGAAAUAACAAGUUACUAUUCUAUUGUUUUCUCCUUACAUUCAGUCAAUUCAAUAAAAAUUGGACUAGCACCACACUGCUUUUAUGCUGGGAGUUUACCCCACAUACAUAUAAAUAGAAACAAAAAAACAGACUUCAAGUUGCUGGUCAACUAAAUUAGUGUUCAUGACCAAAAAUAAUCUAGUCUUGGUAGAAAGUCACUUACACUGAUCUUCCCAGUUUCCUUUUAAAUUCUGGUGGUAAAAACCAUCCCAUUGAGUGUUCAUACCAUAUGUGAAAUGUCAGCAGUCUUUGAUUUUAAUUGUUCUUUGAAUAGUACAAAGUUCUACAUAACAGCUUUGUUGUACAGUAAGAUGUAAUUAUGAUUGGCAUUCAAAUGUUAUUUUCCUUGUGUAAAAUGGACAAUAUUUGUGAAGAGAGGACGAUAUAUUUCGAUGGUCAUGUGUCUAUACAUUUUUUAUUUUAUGGUAGCAUGGCAGUGUUAUUUUGUAUAGUAGCUAUCUUGCGACAUACAAAUUUUGUUGAAAAUAAC